GCCGACGAGCAGAAGCGAUUCUAGUCAGUACGACGAGUCAAAAACUGCGGUCAAGUGAGCCGUCGUUCGUUCAUCCGUCGUUCAGCCAGCCGCGCUUCAGAAACGUCUUGCGCCCGUAUUACGCGCUUUACAGCAGAGCACAAAACACGCUCGUCGCGACUUCCUCUUUUCAUAGCGACACGUCUGGUCUGUUCAAAAUAUUGAAAAAUACGAAACAAAAUAUUGCAUAUAUAGAAAAACUGUCGCCUAAUAAAGAUCUGUGUACUUUUACUGUAAAAUUAAGCAUUUAUUAGUAUUUAAAACUACCAUGUCAUACUGUGAAACUUUUAUAAUUAAUAACUUAACUUUGGUGCAUAGUUCCAGGCUCAGACCACUUUCCUCUUGUUCUACUAGAGGUGUACUAUCACCACACAAAGAUUCUUGUAUUUUUACUGUAUAGUUUUGGAUUUAUUAGUAUUCAAAACUACCAUGUCAUACUGUAAUACAGUCAACUUUGAUCAUUAAUAACUUGACUUUGGUGCAUAGUUCCAGGCUCAGACCACUUUCCCCUUGUUCUACUAGAACUGUACUAUCACCACACAAAGAUUCGUGUAUUUUUACUGUAUAGUUUAGGAUUUAUUAGUAUUCAAAACUACCAGUUCAUACUGUAACUGUAUGGGCCGUAUAGUCAACUUUAAUGAUCAAUAACUUGACUUUGGUGCAUAGUUCCAGGCUCAGACCACUUUCCUCUUGUUCUACUAGAGGUGUACUAUUACCCCACAAAGAUCUGUAUAUUUUUACUGUAUAGUUUUGGAUUUAUUAGUAUUCAAAACUACCAGUUCAUACUGUAACUGUAUAGGCCGUAUAGUCAACUUUAAUGAUCAAUAACUUGACUUUGGUGCAUAGUUCCAGGCCCAGACCACUUUCUCCUAUUUCUGCUAGAUGUGUACUAUCAUCACACAAAGAUUCGUGUAUUUUUACUGUAUAGUUUAGGAUUUAUUAGUAUUCAAAACUACCAAGUCAUACUGUAACUGUAUAGGCCGUAUAGUCAACUUUAAUCGUUAAUAACUAGACUUUGGUGCAUAGUUCCAGGCCCAGACCACGUUCCCCUUGUUCUACUAGAGGUGUAUUAUCACCCCACAAAAAUUCAUGUAUUUUUACUGUAUAGUUUUGAAUUUAUUAGUAUUCAAAACUACCAUGUCAUACUGUAAUACAGUCAACUCUAAUGAUCAAUAACUUGACUUUGGUGCAUAGUUCCAGGCUCAGACCACAUUCCCCCUGAUCUACUAGAGAUGUACUAUCACCACACAAAGAUUUGUGUAUUUUUACUGUAUAGUUUUGGAUUUAUUAGUAUUCAAAACUUCCAGGUCAUACUGUAAUACUCUAUGGGCCUUAUAUUCAACUAUGAUGAUGAAUAACUUGACUUUAGUGCAUAAUGCCAGGCCCAGAUUAUGUCACUUUUCAUAUAAAAAACUGUGAGUGAGGCUAAGCACACACACAUUAAAUCCUUUUAUUACCAUCUGUUAGGACUCCAAAGUGUGACUUUUAAUAUUGAAACUAAAUGUUUAAUGUUUAAUAUAAAGUCAUUGAACAGUCAAAAACUGAAUAUUUAUGUGUGAAACAUACAUUAACGUGGUGGAGGAGUUUGUGUGCCUGAAUGACCCCGGGAGCUAUGUUGUCGGGGGCUAAAUGCCCCUGGUAGGGUCUCCCAAGGCAAACAGGUCCUGGGCUGGGCUGAAGUGGAGGAAGUGUCCGGAGAGAGGGAAGUUUGGAGUUUGCUUAGACUGUUGCCCCCGCGACCCGCCCCCAGAAAAAGCGGUUGAAAAUGGAUGGAUACUGAAAUCGUUAUUUGUUCUCAUUAAACCAUUUCCCAUGUCUGGAGUUUGUUUUAUCAAAGUUAUUGCCGUCUCUGUUCUUACACAUUGUAAUAUCUAGUUUUGAACACUAAAAUGUAAAUACAAAAUGUAUAUAACCAAAUAUUCAGGAUUAGAUUUAAUGCAAUUAUUCUCUCUUCACAAUACAGACUUAAAACAAUAAAAAAGAAAGUUACACACUACACUGUUUGUAGUGCAGUACUUAUUGGUUUUAUGCUUGACUGUAAGGGCCAUAUUUCAGCAUAACAUGGUACUACUAAAAUCCUAAACUAUACAGUAAAAGUACACAGAUCUUUGUGGGGUGAUAGUACAUCUCUAGUAGAUCAUGGGGAAUGUGGUCUGAGCGUGGAACUAUGCACCAAAGUCAAGUUAUUGAUCAUCAAAGUUGACUGUAUUACAGUAUGACAUAGUACUUUCAAGUACUGCUAAAUCCUAAACUAUACUGUAAAAAUACAUGAAUUUUUGUGUGGUGAUAGUACACAUCUAGUAGAACAAGGGGAAAGUGGUCUGGGCCUGGAACUAUGCACCAAAGUCAAGUUAUUGAUUAUCAAAGUUGACUGUAUUACAGUAUGACAUAGUACUUUCAAGUAUUGCAAAAUCCUAAACUAUACAGUAAAAAUACAUGAAUUUUUGUGUGGUGAUAGCACAUCACUAGUAGAAUAAGGAGAAAGUGGUCUAAGCCUGGAACUAUGCACCAAAGUCAAGUUAUUAAUGAUUAAAGUUGACUGUAUUACAGUAUGACAUAGUACUUUCAAGUACUGCUAAAUCCUAAACUAUACAGUAAAAAUACAUGAAUUUUUGUGGGGUGAUAGUACACAUCUAGUAGAACAAGGGGAAAGUGGUCUGGGCCUGGAACUAUGCACCAAAGUCUAGUUAUUAACGAUUAAAGUUGACUAUACGGCCCAUACAGUUACAGUAUGACUUGGUAGUUUUGAAUACUAAUAAAUCCUAAACUAUACAGUAAAAAUACACGAAUCUUUGUGUGAUGAUAGUACACAUCUAGCAGAAAUAGGAGAAAGUGGUCUGGGCCUGGAACUAUGCACCAAAGUCAAGUUAUUGAUCAUUAAAGUUGACUAUACGGCCUAUACAGUUACAGUAUGAACUGGUAGUUUUGAAUACUAAUAAAUCCAAAACUAUACAGUAAAAAUAUACAGAUCUUUGUGGGGUAAUAGUACACCUCUAGUAGAACAAGAGGAAAGUGGUCUGAGCCUGGAACUAUGCACCAAAGUCAAGUUAUUGAUCAUUAAAGUUGACUAUACGGCCCAUACAGUUACAGUAUGAACUGGUAGUUUUGAAUACUAAUAAAUCCUAAACUAUACAGUAAAAAUACACGAAUCUUUGUGUGGUGAUAGUACAGUUCUAGUAGAACAAGGGGAAAGUGGUCUGAGCCUGGAACUAUGCAUCAAAGUCAAGUUAUUAAUGAUCAAAGUUGACUGUAUUACAGUAUGACAUGGUAGUUUUGAAUACUAAUAAAUCCAAAACUAUACAGUAAAAAUAUACAGAUCUUUGUGUGGUGAUAGUACACAUCUAGUAGAACAAGGGGAAAGUGGUCUGGGCCUGGAACUAUGCACCAAAGUUAAGUUAUUAAUUAUAAAAAUUUCACAGUAUGACAUGGUAGUUUUAAAUACUAAUAAAUGCUUAAUUUUACAGUAAAAGUAUACAGAUCUUUAUUAGGCGACAGUUUUUCUAUAUAUGCAAUAUUUUGUUUCGUAUUUUUCAAUAUUUUGAACAGACCAGACGUGUCGCUAUGAAAAGAGGAAGUCGCGACGAGCGUGUUUUGUGCUCUGCUGUAAAGCGUGUAAUACGGGCGCAAGACGUUUCUGAAGCGCGGCUGGCUGAACGACGGAUGAACGAACGACGGCUCACUUGACCGCAGUGACGAGACGUAGACAACGACACCGCAAAAUACAGAAGCGCCUGAAGCGACAGGCCCCGCGCUGCUUUCAAGCGCUCGCAUAAAUGUCGGAAAUAAAAGCUUUUCCACUUGACAUGCAGAAAAUAGUGUCUCACAAUUCACAGGUUCUACCAAACUGUUUUUAUUUUCAAAGGCUUUUAAAAAUUGUCGCUUAUUUCGACUACUCCGUUAAUAUGAUGAAAUCUCAAAUUUUCACGUCAUCUGUUGGGGAAAAAAAAUUAAAUAACGUUUCUUGUCACAAACUUUCAAAAAUCUUACGAUGUUUUGAGUUUAUUUGGUAACAGAUUAAGCAAGUUAGAGUAGUUUUGAUCUGCCCCUGGUUUAAUACCGAUAAUCGCAAUUAAAUGAAUGACAUGGGGGGAUUUUAAGAUAGACCCGGUACAGUGUAUCCUAUUUUUAUAGUUUAAUUAUAAUAUUGCAUUAAUCUGUAACAUCACUAAACUGACACUACCAUACACAUAUACUGAAAAUGGGUUUUAGGUCAUUUAAAUAGAAAAAAAUAAUAAAUUUAAAUUUAUCAUCCACUUCCUUCCUCUGAUUUGUUGAUUUGUUGUUGGAACAUUCAUGUUUAUGUACCAAGGAAAUCCUUGUUUGGCUCAGUUUUUAGCUGAAUGGCGCCACCUGGUGUUCUUUUGGUUAAACCACACAAGUCUAGAAAAUCGUGAGUGAGGGGACUUUGCCUUUUAUUUGGAUUCACAGAGCAACAAUGGUAACAUGCAAUAAAAAUAUGUUUAUUAUAACUUUCAAAUCUAAAUUUAGGUGGCCAAGCACAUUCACAUCAUCACUUACAUGAGUAAAAACUAUGUACAAUGUGAAUUUAAAAUGUCAGAGCGCAAUGCAUUCUGGGUGUUGUAGGAUAAGAUCGUUUUCAGCCACAACACACAAUGCUGUCGUUUUUUCCUGUUUUAUCUGGACAUAGACCAUCAACGCUUUUGCACAGUUUGGCUAAUAAAAUGUACAAUUUGUAUAAUAUAACUUGCUUUUCAGAACUAUUCCUUUAAGAUCCCUUAAAAAGUAAAGGAAUGGGUAUGGCGAGAAAGAGAGAGAGCACAUAACUGAAGGCACUGCCGGGAGAAGGCGGAGUUAAAACUAGAGCGAAAGUGUAGUUGUUCAUUGUGACAGUAAGAGGAAACAGUUGUCAGUAACGUGCUCCAUAAUGUCUGUGUCAGUUGCAUGUGAUCUAAUGAUUUUAGCUUCGGCUCUACUGGCGAGGUGAAGCCCUGACCCCCCAGCCUACCCUGACGUCACAUCACUGUACUGGAUUAGGGAGGGAAAAUAAUGAUAAUAAAGACUGGCUCUGAAGCCAACACAUCUGAGGAAGUGGCCAUGGCCACGUCAUCUAAUGACUCUUUAAGGAGAAAAAGGCCGGUCUCUUCAGCAGCCAGUGAUGUUUCCUUGCAAAGUGACCGGUCCAAGGAUGACCCUCUCAAUUUCAGUAAAGUACCUCCAACUUCUUUAGGGAAAAUGAGGCCAGCCUCUUCAGCAGCCAGUGAUGUUUCCUUGCAAAGUGACCGGUCCAAGGAUGACCCUCUCAAUUUCAGUAAAGUACCUCCAACUUCUUUAGGAAAAAUGAGGCCAGUCUCUUCAGCAGCCAGUGAUGUUUCCUUGCAAAGUGACCGGUCCAAGGAUGACCCUCUCAAUUUCAGUAAAGUACCUCCAACUUCAUUAGGGAAAAUGAGGCCAGUCUCUUCAGCAGCCAGUGAUGUUUCCUUGCAAAGUGACCGGUCCAAGGAUGACCCUCUCAAUUUCAGUAAAGUACCUCCAACUUCUUUAGGGAAAAUGAGGCCAGCCCCUUCAGCAGCCAGUGAUGUUUCCUUGCAAAGUGACCAGUCCAAGGAUGACCCUCUCAGUAAAGAACCUCCAAUUUCUCAAAGUGAGAGCUGUCCAGACUUUCCAGCAGCCAGUAAUGUUUCCAUGGAAAGUGACCAGCCCAUUGGCGACCCUUCACACAGUAAAGAACCUGCAAGCUCGGACCCAAAAAACCAGAAAAGUGAUAAGCCUGAAGAUUACAAUGUAAACUCCAGCAGAGAUUCAGAGAAAGAUGCCAUAAGGAAACUCAAAGAACACAUGAAGAACAAACUGCAUAAGGACUUCAGUAAAGAGGAAACUGAAACUGAACUCUAUGAAAUCAAAAUCAAUAAGAAGGAUGAAGUAGUGAAGUAUAAUGACAUAUUUACCCAUUCAAAGCAAACAGUACGGACGGUGCUGACCAAAGGAGUGGCUGGUAUUGGCAAAACCUUUCAAGUUAAGAAGUUCAUGCUUGACUGGGUAAACGGGUACUCCAACAAAAACAUACACUUGAUUGUUUCAUUAACGUUCAGCGAGCUAGAUCCAGAAAAGGUUCAGAGCAUGGAAGAGUUGCUUAAUUCUUACUUUAACACUGUUCAACAAGGACUAUGGAGCAGCAGCAGCAAGUGUAAAUUAGCUUUUAUCCUUGAUGGUUUGGAACAAUGCAAGCUUCCUCUUGACUUUGAAAACAACAAAGAGCUGACUGAUCUGAAUGAGGCCGCCUCAAUGGAUGUUCUGCUAACAAACCUCAUCAAGGGAACAUUGCUCCCCUCUGACCAUAUCUGGAUCAUCUCUCAGCCCUCAGGUGUUGACAGAAUACCCUCUGAAUUCAUUCAGAAAACAACUGAAUGUCGAGAGACUUUAAAGCGAAGACAGAAGCUGGUGUCAGACCUAAGGACAAGAUUUCUUAGUGAAUACACUCAAGUUGAAGACCCAGAUCAUCCUAACCAUGAAAACACGGAACACAUCAUAAGGGAACACAUCACUGAUCGAGACAACGCUCAGACUAAAAGACAGCCUGUGAAAAAGACUGUAAAACAAGUGUCUGACAUUUUCAAAGAUGCAAAUGGAAAAAAAAUCAGAUCUGUUCUGACCACUGGAGAAGCUGAUAUUGGAAAAACCUUCCAAAUGAAUGUGUUCAUAAAACAAUGGGCUGAAAGUAAUAGUUCAUUUCUUGGAUGGGUCAAAAAUAAAGUUACUAGGCAAAAAGAUGGUAAAGAACUUAUAUUUCGACUUGACUUCUCCGAACUGAAUUUGAUGGAAGAGAACACCAGUCUGGUGGGACUUCUUAAUGAUUUUUUUGAGGAAACAAAAAAGUCUAUAAUCUCUGACUUUGCACACGUUGGUCUUCCAUCAGUUAUGAGCUUUUGUUUCAAAAUGUCUUAA